AUGGCAUGCGACAACCAUACAUACGGCGCCAAGUGUCGACUGGCUCCCGUUGCCCGCGUCCGACGAGAAGACGAUGUACCCCUCGUCGAGGCACAAUUCUUUUACUCGUCCCUUAUUCCCAUCGAUGACCCCCUCUCGACAUCCUCGACCAUUAGUACCGAUGCGAAGACGAGCAAGGGUCAGGUGCGGCCCUUUUCAAGGGGUGACAAUAAUGCCCUCGAGAAAGCUUGGUUGAGUCUCAUGUCUGAGAACGACCGGCGAGUUCACCAGGAUGCGUGGAAGGACCAGGGUCGGCCGUCUCAAUUCGACGCAAAUAAACUGGCUUCGCUUGUUCAAGCCUUGACGAUAAAACACUGGGAAAGGCAUCGUGGAGGCUACCAACCCCAGGAUGUCACUGUGCCAGCUGGCGAUGUCAUACCAAACACCCCGGUGCCUGCCUGUUGUUCCGAGCUGGUGCUUGAUGUAUCGGAAGAGCUUGAAGCAACCUUUUGCUCUUUGGCUAGAAGGAAUAACCCUGCCUUGAGUGUUGACGAAGUGACCCAGCAGAUUGUUCUUGGGCUUAGUCGCCUGAAAGAGCAGGUAAGCAGUGCGAUCGAGCCCCGGCCAUCCUCAGCGGAUAUACCCUCCAGCCGUCCAGGAUCUUCUUCUACCACCAAUGCGAGCCAUCCUAUUACUAGGAUCUCUAAGACUCCGACAGAGUCUCGUAGCACGAAACGUCGAUCUACCGUUGGCGAAACCAGUCUCAGAGCCAGAUCCCUCUCGUUGUCACAAGCCAAGAACCGGACCCCUCGCUCCCAGACGCCCGUCGGCAGUCCAACUGUUGCUCGACCGCCAGGCUUGGAUGAUGGAAUAUCAAGGAAGCCCUUUGUACGAGUAGGCAGCCCAGAAACACAAUCCGAGCCUGGUUCUGUCCCGUUUGGUCAAGCCGGUGGUGUAUUGCGGGACGUUGGCCAGUCCCGAGAUCAGACUGAGACGGCAACUGAAGUGGAUGAUGCUUCUCAAGCAGCAAAAGCCGCUGACAAGCCAGCGGCGGAAGACUAUCGACCCAGCGUUGCUGAAGUUGCGGUCGGGGUAUCAAGACUACACAUGGUUUCGUUGCCAUCUCUCCAGAUGAAGCCGAUUUACUGGUCUCCUGUCAACGACGUCGCUGUUGUAGCUCGGGCAACAUGGUUUUAUAGGGACACCAUGCUUCCGAUCCCACCGAUUGUGGCGAACCAGUUGGAGGCCGGUUACCAUGAACUUCGACCAUGGACGGAAACUUGGAGCGAUGAACUACGAUGUGCCAUCGAUGUUGGCCCAUUGGGCGAGGAAAAGGUGUCCCACAGGCUCUGGCCCAAAGAGUCCGAAAUAGGCUCUGCUGAUGAAGUUGGUUUCCCUGAGCCAGCUAUCCCAACUGAUCCGUUCUGCGCUGCUCGCUGUUUUCGUGGCGAAGCGGCAGCUGAAGGAUCCAUUGGCCCAGCUGCUGUCGAUAGAAGAGCCUCAGGAGAGUUCCAGCCCCCAGCACGGCCUUUCUCCAACUAUCACGUCAUAUACAAGAAUGCCACCGAAGCGUUCCUCAUGAAGCCAAGCCUGAAGCCAUCGGCGUAUUAUGGAAGACGACCCGUGUUGAAGAUUAUGAAGGGCGUGACUGUUGGUGUCCCUGUUGUCCGAGGCUUCAACAGAGCGGCCUGGGAGCGACUUCAUCACAAGAAGCAGACCCCGAACAAACCGGGCGUAUCGGCAGCCGAUGAAUCACAUGAGAGCAGUGGCCAGGACGUGUGCUCCGCUUGCAAGGCAGACAAAGAGAAAGGGCAAGUUACUGACUUGAUUCUCGUCGCCCAUGGCAUCGGCCAGAAAUUCGCCGAGAGGGUGGAGAGCUUCCACUUCACUCACGCCAUCAAUGGCUUCCGUCGUGCUGUUAACAUUGAACUACAAAGCCCUGUGGUCAAGCAGGUACUCCGUGCGGACCAAAAUGGACUCAUGAUUCUUCCGCUGAACUGGAGGAUGGGUCUCUCGUUCGAGGAUGGAGGGCCGAUGAGGGAGGAAGACAAGGCAGACUAUACCCCCGAAGGCUUUGGGCUGAAGGACAUCGAACCUGAUACCAUUCCUGCUGUUCGCAGCAUGAUAUCGGAUGUCAUGUUCGAUAUCCCCUUCUACAUGUCCCAUCACAAGGGAAAGAUGAUUAAAGCUCUCGUGUCUGAGGCAAACCGUGUCUAUCGACUCUGGUGUCGCAACAACCCAGGCUUUGCCGAGAACGGGCGCGUCCAUCUUAUCGGACACUCGCUGGGCAGCGCCAUGGCUCUUGAGAUUCUGUCAAAUCAGCCGACCUCUGUACCUAGACUUGACUUAUCCUGCAAGGAACCCGAGACACGUUUCUUCGAAUUCGACACCAGGAACCUCUUCCUGGCAGGUAGCCCGGCUGGGUUCUUCCUGCUUCUUGAGCGUGGCACGCUCAUGCCUCGGCAUGGACGAAUGAAGCCCGGGGCUGACUCGAGCGACGUCGUGGCCAAGGAUGUUGUCGGCGAAGCUGGCACUUUUGGCUGCCUGGCUGUCGACAAUAUCUACAAUAUCCUCGCCAAGGAGGAUCCCAUCGCUUACUUCCUCAAUGGUGCCGUUGAUCCCAUCUAUGCGGCGAGCCUCAAGACAGCCUACGUUCCGAGCAUAGCGGGCUCCCUGUGGAAGUCAGUCGGCGCAGCCAUGCGGAACGUCGUGCCAGGCAUGGCCCCAGCCCCAAACCCGCUCGCCCCAGAGCCAGAGCGGCCGUCGACCAUUCGUCUCCCCUCCCAGCUUGAGCUCGAGGUUCACGACUUUACGCGAGAAGAGAUUGCCGAGAAGAAAGCCUUCCUGCUCAACGAUAAUGGGCAAAUAGACUGGUACCUCCGCUCUGGGGGAGGCCCCCUCGAGAUCCAGUACCUAAACAUGCUCAGUGCACACACAAGUUACUGGACGAACCACGACUUUAUCCGCAUGCUUUGUAUCGAAAUUGGGAGGGAGCCGGGUCGGGCUCACACUCUCCCUGCUCUCAGGGCCGUCAAGGCUGCGAAGAGACUGUUGGUGAAAUAA